UUUGACAGGUAGGCAGAUGGCUGGCAGUCAGUGAGUUAGUUUUGUUGUCUGCUGCGUUUAAGUCGGGAAGCAGACGGGUCAAGGGGCACAGCUCAGUCCGGGAUUACUUUUGAAGGGAAUCCACAAUCAGGAUACAAUGUGAACUUGGAAAUUGUAUAUCUGUACUGGGAGGGCUGAGUUCGACUUUCCUUAUGCCACCCUGCCAAGUCUAUAGUCCUAUGACAUGAAUCUCGGAGUUUCAACAAACGAUGGCAGAUAAACAGAGGGGUGGAUGCAUGGCUCGACUCCGGGAGGGGUUGUACAGCGUCCAUAUUGAGAGCUGCAUCAUAACCCUGACACUUGUCUCCGUGCUUGCCAUAACAGGGGAACUGCUCAUUAACCUCCACAUUGUACAAGUUCCCCAAAAUACUGGCGAUGGCAGUAAUGGGGACGGAAUCAACGGAGGCGUCACACACAACACAUCUCGGAUUGACGUCAGUGACCCCAACACCAGCACCGUAGGGAAUCCAAUAGACCCAGGAGGUGGCGUGUCGGUCGAUCCUUUGCAGACAGCACAUCUAGUCUUUCACUACAUCAGUCUUGUCAUAGCCGCCGUGUUCCUCGUAGAGAUGAUGUUAAAAAUCCUUGCCAAAGGGAAGUCAUUCUUCUUGAAAAUCUUCCAGGUUGCAGACGCUCUCAUCGUACUUGGGACAUUUGCCCUGGAGGUCGUAUUCACAGUAGAGCAGGAAGAGUUGCCUGUCCUUGAAGCCGCCACUUUCAUCGUUAUACUGAGGUUAUGGCGGGUACCAUCUACGUGCAAUAUCCGCGCCAAGGAGUGCAGGAGAGAGAUGCUGCGAGAGCUGGAGGUGUGGCAGAACGCCAAACACAAGCUGGAGGAGAGGUGUAAAGACAUGCAGAGCAAGAUGGACAAACAGCAGGACCGAAUACGUGACAUGGAGAAGCAGCUGGAGAAGAACGCCAGUCUGGAGGUGAUAGAGUCAGGCCGGGGCAAAGAACAGAAACACCACGAUCUAGUGGGAAAUGGAUAUGUCUCGCAUGGAAUGUUUACACAGAUAAACGAAGAAAAUGCAAACCAUCUGAUGACGGCUGACAAUGAACGAGGUGUAGAAGAAAACAAUCCUACUGUUGACAGUGUUAAAGGGGAAGUGCUACACGAAUCACUGAGUAGCACGGAUACAAACCACGAACGUUUAAAUGUGAAUGGUGAUGCAAUGGACACAAACAGUGCGCAAGCGGGACUCUCGCAGGCUCGAGGUCCAUUCUCGCGCACCGAUAGCGAGAGUUCGUUGUCAUGUGACCACGUGGAACAGGAAGUAGUUGUCCAAAUCGAAGGUCCUCCUUCUCCUAAACAGCAUGUAUCAACAACUGAUGACACAGCCGGUCUGUUAGAUGUUAGUCCCGGGAAAGUCUCUGAAGAGUUCUCCUAUAGCAACGCGAUGUUUGAAGACGAGAUAGGCCAUCAAGACCUGCCCGUGCUGCAUGAGAUAGAUGGAGUGAAGACCUAUCGGAGUGCGGAUGGGAUUCCAAUGACGUCAUUGUAACCCGGGAAGUCCGGAUACCAUAUCUACACCCCAUGAAGUCUAAUCAGAUAUUUAUAUAUAUACAUAAAUUUAUUUAUCUACAAUCACGUGUUCAGUGAGUGCCUGCUACUAUGUUCAAAUGUGCCAUUAUGUAAAUACGUCAUGAUACAGUGUACAUCAGAAGAGAUUUAUACCAAUUUGUAUAUUAUUUCAGUGUAUAGAAUAUAUUUCGUGUUGAAGUGACAUUUAUUAGACAAGUGUACUUAGUUAGACUGCUUAGAUUUUAUAUUGAACCGGCAGAGCUGUCAGCAUGAAUGACUGAGUGCUGUGGACCCCAACGUGGCUAGUUCUGGCCUCCAUCAGUUCUGGAGGUGUGUAUGUGGCAGGUACGGCUGCCGUUGCAGCAAUACUCAUGUGCGUCAGGCUAAGCAGCAACUGUAACUGGAGCUUCACCGAAUCCCGUUUAUCAGACAGCGAUCUCACACAACAGGUCUGACGUCGUGUCACCAAGACUUACUACUGUCUCAUUAGUUAUAAAUUCUUAACAGCAAAUUUGUCAUUUUCAUCUGUUUAAGUCAUGGCGUUUAUUCUUGUCCAGGUGAAAAGAAUUUACCUGUACAACCGGGAUAUUGAAAACGUGAGGCAUAAGUGCACGUGUUUCAAUUUGUUGAAUUAAUAAGAAAUUAUUAUUAAUGUGCACGUGUAGGAAAUGAAUGAAAGUGUGCCUGUGCUUAAUAGACCUGGAAUAAAGAAAGGAAUCUGU